AUGUUGAAGCAGCCCGUGGCUGAACAGAAUUUGCCGAGUAGCGGUGUUGGUUCUGAAUAUAGGGCUGAGGGUAAUAUUGAAACAGAAGUUCAAGCUACAGCUGGCCGCAAUGUCUAUGAUAAAGAUGAUGAUAUCGACAGUGUACUCGCGGAGCUGGCUGCAACCCCAACAACAAACGUUCCCCAGGCUCGAGUAUCCAACGGUACGUCACCCUUGGUCGGUCAGUCACGUAUGGGGUAUCGUAUUAGCAGUGCAGCCAAGGGCAAGGUGCACGCUAAUCCCGCAUGUAAUUCACUUAAGAACAAGCAGGUACUCGGAGUGGUUAUAACGGAAACAACCGAUCUGUGUAAGAAGUGCAACCUUAUCACCCCUGAAGUGCAAAUGCGUUCAGUAGGCUCCGAGGAUAACGCUUACGUUAAUGAGGCAUUUAACGUAGAGUCACCAAACGUCCCAACUCAAGUACCGGUGGUGGAUGUUACGCGUGAACCAACAGCUACUGUUACAUCGACCGUCCAGUCUCGCACGGGAUACCGUAUUGCCGGCGCAACUAAGGGUAAGGUUCACAUUGCUAUGACGUGUGGAUCCAUUAAGAACAAGACCCUAGACGAAGUCGCGGUAACCGGAACAACCGAUCUGUGUAAGAAAUGCAACAAAUGA